AUGCGCGAUCAAAUUGUUCGUAAUUCAGGAUUAUCCGGUAUAUAUCGCCUGCAGUUCUGGAAGGAUACUUUAGAUGUCCUGUACGGACAUACACAGGGACCGCUUCCGAGGCAGCCUGUCGCCACUGCUCUGAGCCUUUUUGUCGACCAGUUCGAUGAAGUUCUGCUGAGGAAUCUACUCGCUGCGAGGCAAAGAACAUUGGGCGAUCGUCCUUUUACUUCACUGGACGAUGUCAAACAGUAUGGCAUUGAAACUACGGGUUCUCUGAUAAAACUAAUCAUGCAGCUGCUCCUCGAAUCUCAGUCAAUGAAGUGUUCGUCAUUGUCUAAUGAGUCGGCAAAAGCAGCUGAGUUAAUGUCGCACGCAGUUGCAAUCAUUACGCUGAUCAGGUGCUUGGGCUUCAAGAACUCAGACAUCAUUUUUAUGUGUUUUUUGCAUCUAUGCAGUACACAAAACCCAUAUUGA